UCCGCCCCCUGACUGUCCGCGUGCUACAGACAACGAGCUCAUUCUGAGGAGAGGAGCCUCGCGACCACCAGCAGACCAACCAACGGUUAACGGUUAACGGUUAACCGGCGGACUCGGGGGAAUUAACGGUCGGGAUUCAGAGCCUCUGACAGUACCGGCAGACGGUUGAUCGACAGCAAAGCGGUCCUAUGAUGGAGGAGCUUCAUGACGUCCAGCUGACUGAGAUCAAACCACUCCUGACAGGACAGAAUGGAAGUAAUCUGCAGGACUUUGACUGUCAGGAGCACGAUGUGGAGACGGCCCACGGUGUGCUGCACGUCACCAUGAGGGGGGUUGCUAAAGGCAACCGACCCACGAUUCUCACUUACCAUGACAUCGGACUCAACCAUAAGUCUUGCUUCAACAGCCUGUUUAACUACGAGGACAUGCAGGAAGUGACGCAGCAUUUCUCAGUUCUGCACGUUGAUGCUCCAGGACAACAGGAGAAUGCUCCAGUGUUCCCUGCAGGGUACCAGUACCCCACCAUGGAUGAGCUGGCUGAGAUGCUGCCAUCAGUCCUCACACAGCUUCAGGUGAAGAGUGUGAUUGGAAUUGGUGUCGGAGCUGGAGCCUACAUCCUCACCAAGCUGGCUCUGAAUGAGCCCAGCCUGGUUGAGGGUCUAGUUCUGAUCAACGUUGACCCCUGUGCCAAAGGCUGGAUGGACUGGGCUGCCGCAAAGCUGAGCGGCUGGACGAGCAACCUGGUCGACAACAUAAUGGGACACCACUUCAGCACCGAUGAGUUAACAGAUAAUAAGGAGAUCAUCCAGACGUACAGACUCCACAUCUCUCAGGAUAUUCCACAGGAGAACCUGGCCAUGUUCUACAACAGCUACGACGGUCGCACCGAGUUGCAGAUGGAGCGGCCAAUCCCUGGACUGAAUGAAAACACAGUCACCACACUCAGGUGUCCUACUCUGCUCGUGGUUGGAGACACGUCGCCUGCUGUUGAUGUCGUGGUUGAGUGUAACGCCAGACUUAACCCCACCAAGACCACCCUGCUGAAGAUGGCAGACUGUGGAGGGCUUCCUCAGGUGGUGCAGCCUGGAAAACUAGCAGAGGCCUUCAAGUAUUUUGUCCAGGGGAUGGGCUACAUGCCGACGGCCGGGAUGACUCGUCUGGUCCGCUCCAGGACUCACUCUGCCUCCAGCGUCGGCUCCACGGACGGCAUCCGGGGCCGCAACGUCAACAACGUCCUGCCAGAGGCCGCCAACUCCACCGGGCCCGACCACACAGAAGCUCUCACCAUCCAGAUGACUGCGUAGGAGCGUAGGAUGUUCCCUGCUCUGUCUCCCUCUCUCUUUCCUCCUCAGUUCUCCUCCUCCUCUCUUCCUCUUCCUCAGAUGCCUCGUGCACUCUGAACUCUCCUAUCCGUCUCAGACAGAUCCAAACAGUCCCGUUCCCAAAGAGCCCCGAAGAGGUGUCGGGUUUGUCAGGAAGCUCAGAAGUAUUUAAAGAUCUCUCCCGUGCGGUUUGAGCGGCGGCGGCCAUGUUGCUUCUCUCAUCCUGCUCUCUGUAGGAUGUCCGUCCUCCCCUCCUCUCUGGAGUCAAGCGGUUGCAGUUGUGACGCUGUAGAUGUAAAUGUACAUGGUUCAUAUUUCUCUAAGGUUGUGUUGUAACUUCACUUCUUCUCUUCUUUUAGUGCAUUUACCUUCUUUUUUAAAUUCUUCUCUUCUAAUCAUCUUUAUUAUUAUUCUUAGAAUCAUUUAGUUUGACUGUGGUUGGUGGUGCCGUCGUUAGAUGUGAUGACGUUUGGAAACACAGAAACGUUUUGGGAACACGUCUCCUUUAGUGUCGGUGUGAAGGACUCAAACUCAGCCGAUCAGAGACGUGUCUUUAACCCGGGAGUCUUAAAGUCAAAGUUAAAAAAACACAUUUUGAAGACGAUUCAAUGUUUUUCAGAAUAUCUCUCCAGCAGUUUCAGCGAGCCGCUCCUCUUCAGUCCGACUCUGCAGACCGCCUCGUGCACGAGUCCCAAAUGAAGGUUUGAUCCUCUUGCUGUGAUCUCUGUGCAUUCAUCAUUUAUUUAAGAAGCUCUCCUAAAGCUUCUCUUCUUCCUGUGACGCUCGCACUCUGUGCUCCUUCCUUUUCUUCUUCUUCUUCUCCUUUUUUUAAAUUGAACGUCGAUGUCACAGACGCCGCCUCGCUCCUCUCUUCGUUAGCAGCACGCUUGUUUUGCUUGUUUUGCUGGUUUUGCUGGUUGUGGACUUUUAGCAUGCUAACCGUACCGUGGUAUCGGCCUCGUGAGUAACCGAGACGUCGUUCAGCUGUAAAAACUGCCUCACUGUAACUCUGAGACGACUCCCCCAGAAUCCUUAUGUACAGGUGAACGCUCUGCUUUCUUCCAUGUUGCAUUCAAAGGCGUCUUCAGGGUUCGUCCUCGGCCCUGAAAGAGGCUUCUCACACUGACGCGUUAAUCUUUGUAUUUAUGAUCUGAAGCCCCGACUGCGAGCACUUGAUCCCUUAAAAUGCACUUUAAACGUCACUCAGUGGAGGGAGACGUCGGCGAUGGCAGCCGUGUCACAUUCAGCCGCCGUUACCAAAGUUUAAUCGUAGUUUAAGGAACAGGCUGGGGGAAAAAAGUGGACGCAGACACGAGGUCGGCACCCAAACGGUCGCCGUCUUGCUUUUUCCUGGAGCAGGAAGUGAUCGUGAUUGGACAGGAGGGUGGAGCCGACUGGGGAUUAAAUGAUGCUUAUAUAUCAGCCUGAAAUUAAACAACAUAAUCUACUAAAUGAACAUCUUGAAAUUACAGAUUGAGACCAUGAAGAAGCCUCCUGAGAGAAUAAAUCAGCUCCCAUAGACUUCUCUAAUCUGCCUUCCCUCCUCUGUCCACUCUUUAAAUACAGCCUGAGUCUGAUGCUGCCCCCUGCUGGAGGACUUCAGAACACAUAAUAACUCUUAGCAGUUGAAAACGUCUCUUCCGUUAAAGUUUCCUGAAACGUCUCUGACAGGGUCGACCCGAACACUCAGAUACUUUAUUCUCUCUAUACUGACCGUACUUCUGCCGUCUGUUCUUGUACUUCUGAAUAUUUAUUACUGUUACUUUGAGAUUUGUACUGAAGUAGCUGUUACUGAUGAGGUUUGUUGUUCCUUGACUUUUAAUGUAAACACAGUUUGUAAUUUAAUAAAGAUCGUUAUCCAAAAAGAGA